AUGAAGGCUGUUCGUGUGCGCCGUGAAACCCGGCGCCUUCACCACUGGCCCGUGAUUCAGCUUAAUGUCUGGUUGAUCGUGGUGCUUUCCGCCUCGGCAACAUGUCUUGGAAUCUUUUCGUGGUUUAUGAUCGUGCAAUCGCAGAUGGAUCUAGGUACACCCUGGCUCUUCCCAUACAUGGUCGUCGUGAGCGCCCUCGGCGUCACGUUCUUCUUCUUAGUUCAGAUCCUCAUUGCACGAGGGCCACUGCUGCCAGGCAUUCUGAUCGUUGGCAGCUUCAUUCUCUUCGUACUCUGGUUGACGGGGUUGAUUGAGACGUCGCUGCAGUUGUACGGUGUGUCUGGCAAUGUGAAUGAUAAUUGUCAGAUCUGGGUGGUGGAGAACGAGUCUCGGGGGAACAGCAUCAAUACAUUGGCAUGGUUAACGCAAAGCACGAUCUGUAAUUGCUGGAAAACGGCCUUUGCGUUUGAGCUUGUCAAUACGAUAUUCUACCUUUGGAUGAUGAUCAUGUCGUGGCAGGUCCAUCGGGACUUUUACCACUGA